AUGCAGAUCUCAUCCGUCCUCGCUGUCCUUGGCUUUGCCCUUGGCGUCACGAGCGCCGCCGUGGAGGCCCGCCAGCUCACCGAAUGCACCCCGAUCCACACCAGCAAGACCACCUGGGGUCAACACCCGAUCUGCUGCGACUACUUUGGCCCUUCCGCGUCCAUGGAGAACUGCUGCGAUCGUUCGCCCAGCACGCCGACCGGCGGCGACUACUGCGGCACCCACUUCGCCGACAAGGACUACCCCCGCGCCAUGCCCUUCAUCCGCACGUGGGCACCCGAAGCCCACCUCUGCUGCAACGGCCUGCCCGAGCUCAAAUGCUGUGACCGUCUGGGCACCGACAAGACGGGCAAGCCCCUGUGCUCGUCGAUCGGACCCCUGUCGCUUUAG